UCGGUUCGAGGACAGGUUGCUGUUCCCAUGUUUCUGAAACUCUAAAAGUGUUUCUUUCCUCUGAAAUACUUGGACAGAUGGGUCAACUUACAGUCAGGUGGAGUGACAGAUUUGGACAGUUCUUAGCAUCAAUGGCAGCUCUGUGGGUGUGGAUGAUCCUGCUGUCCCUGCUGCAGAUGGCCCACUGCUCCGUCACCAACAGACAUGUUCCAGGUAAGCUGGUGUUGCUGGACGAGCAGUCAGCAGUGUCCUUCCUGUCCCGCUCUCUGCUUGCAAACAACUGGGACUUUGAGCUGGUGGUGAAGGACGACCUGCAGAGGGAGUGCUACGAUGAGCUGUGCAACUACGAGGAGGCCAGGGAGUGUUUUGAGGAUGACGCUGCGACGAAAGCUUUUUGGGACCAGUAUGUCAAAGAUCAUGAACCAACUGCAUCCAGAGUGGACAUGUCCGGUUUGGUGGCGGGAAUCUUGGCGAUCGUAGUGACAGCAAUUAUUGCCAUUGUGCUGGGAGUCUACUGCUACAAAAACAAGAAAAAGACAGGAACGGCCCGAGCCCCAGUUAGAAUGGCAGGAGAUGGGAAUCCAGCUCCAGAGACCGUGCCCCUGGCUGGAGUUGUAGUUCCACCUCCACCUUUACCCAGCUACAAUGAAGCUUUGAAUCACAGUGGGCAACACGACGCCCCACCACCACCUUACUCAGGGGGGGCGCCACCAGAACCAGCUGAUCCAGGAGAAAACGACUAAGAAGGAUGGCUGAGCCUGAUGAGUGAACUUUGUAUAAUUGUCUUAAAACUAUGCUUGUUGUAUAUUUUUAAUUUCAUCCAUCCAUCCAUCAUCUUUACCCGCU